CGCAGCUGGUCGAGAGUUUACUGUCAAAUCUGUCAUAAGUUGCACUAAUUUGGCAAACAUUAUUAUCAGCUCCUUUGCUAGUGUAUUUCGCGUUCGUCUUUGCUCUAAGCGAACUAUUCUUGCCGUUGACAAAACAAUGUCACGACAGGUGAAAGUAAAAGUGGCAGCUAAUUGACUAUUUACAGUUCAAUAAAUCGCUUAAGCAGGCACACAGCUCUCUCAGCAAUCAAUUAGCACCUCCGACACUUUUUGACAAAGCCAAAUAUUGUCGCAUAGUUCGCGAUGGGCAUUAUAAAUGGCUUGGCUGAAUUCGACUUGGACAGACGUUGUUCAAUUGUCGGCAUGGCUAACGGUUGGUUACUCUUUGGACUGGUGCUCUGCGCUUUUUGCUGCUUGGCAGCUGCUGAUCUGCGCGCUGAUUUGCGGGAUUUUAUAGCGCUGGUGCCGCGACGCCGCAUUGGCUAUAUAGCGGCGCGUUACUAUAUAUUCGAUCCGAAGUUUCGUCAGGCCGUGGAGUUUGUGCGCAGCGAUGAGUUCGGCAAGACCUGGCGGGAAAUUCGCAUGGCGCCGGACUUUGCCGAUCUGAUUGACUAUGUGACGGAGUACGGCUCGGGCUACGAUGUGACCAGCGUGGUGGACAAGCUGCCCAACAGGCUGCGUGGCUUGCAGCUGUCGCGGCUUGUGCCCGUGGAGCUGAUGCUGCGUCGUGAUCUGAGUACCUUUCUGCACGAGGCAGUGCAGAGUCUGCCGCGUGCUCAGUUCUACAGUCUGAUGGCGCGGAAGGUGCGGGAGGGCGGCGACUUUGCCAAGUUCUAUAAGGCGCUGCAAGACAAGGAGUUCAGGGAGCUGGUGAGCGCGGCCCGGCAUUCAAAGGACCUGCAGGCCCCGUUGGGCAGACUGAGCCAAAAGAACAUCAACGUGGAUGAAAUCAUACAAAUCGUGUACGAGCUGAUAAGUUGGGGUCCGUCGGUUGCUCCGGGCAGCAAGUUAUAAUUAAGUAUUUAUGAAUUACCUUCAAGCACAUGACUCAUUAAAUAACCGGGAGCACAACAAAACAUCAGCACGCACAAAAAGUGAAAACUCGAAGUUAAGAUGCUUACCCAAAAAAAAAAAACAUGCAAAAUACAGCUUAAGUGCUUUUCAAACCCAAAAUACGACCGUGUCGGGGUCAGUUCCGCUACAAUUCAAAAAAAAAAAGGGUUCAUAAACUCAGCCCAGUCAGCCGCCCACUCUUCGUGUUGGCUUUAAUGUUGGUGUGCGACGUGCCCGAAAUGACAAGAGCUU